GUGUCGUUUGUUGCUCUGGCGAACGGCGCAGUGUGUAAACACACGGAACACGGAGGUUGCGCGUGCCCAGUUCCUUUUGGUGGUUUAUUAUCUGUAUAUGGAUUGCAUGUUUUUUCCCCCCGCUGAGUCAAGUCUAGCAGGGUGGACUGCAGAUCUAAAGAACCAGCACUGGUUGUUUAAUCGUGCCGAGGACGGAGACCGCUAACUAGCAACUCUCUGACGACCAUGGCAGCGACGGUUGUGGAGGCUGACCCGGCUGCGAGCGACGGCGGCGCCGCUUUCUCCGGCGUCCAGAACCGGGGCUGGGAUGAGUCUCAGCUCCGCCAAUACCCCUUCCCAACCAGGCAGAUACCUAGACUGUCUCAUACUGAUCCCAGAGCAGAGACGCUAAUUAAUAACGAGGAGCCGGUGGUUUUAACGGACACGAACCUCGUCUACCCUGCUCUCAAAUGGGACGUCGCAUAUCUGCAGGAGAACAUUGGAAAUGGAGACUUCUCUGUUUACGUAGCAGAAAAACACAAAUUCCUCUACUAUGACGAGAAAAAAAUGUCUAACUUCGAGAACUUUGUGCCCAAGUCGCGACGGAUGGAAAUGAAAUUCUCUCAGUUUGUGGACAAAAUGCAUCAGACGGAGGAGCUGGGAGGAGAGGAGAGAGUAUAUCUGCAGCAGACCCUGAAUGACACAGUAGGGAAGAAGAUUGUUGUCGACUUCCUUGGUUUCAACUGGAACUGGAUCAACAAGCAGCAAGCCAAGAGAAACUGGGGGCAGUUGACGUCCAACCUGUUGCUCAUCGGCAUGGAGGGCAACGUGACACCGGCCCAUUACGACGAGCAGCAGAACUUCUUUGCUCAGAUUAAAGGACACAAGAGAUGCAUCCUGUUCCCUCCUAACCAGUUUGAGUGUCUCUACCCGUACCCGGUUCAUCAUCCCUGUGACAGACAGAGCCAAGUCGACUUUGAUAAUCCUGACUAUGAGAGGUUUCCCAAUUUUAAAAAUGCUGUUGGCUAUGAGGCUGUUGUUGGUCCUGGAGAUGUGCUCUACAUCCCAAUGUAUUGGUGGCAUCACAUUGAGUCCCUGUUAAAUGGCGGCGUGACGAUCACCGUGAACUUCUGGUAUAAGGGCGCCCCCACACCCAAGAGGAUAGAAUACCCUCUGCGAGCUCAUCAGAAGGUGGCCAUCAUGAGAAAUAUUGAGAAAAUGUUGGGAGAAGCACUUGGAGACCCGCAUGAGGUUGGACCUCUACUGAAAACGAUGAUUAAUGGGCGAUAUGACCAUGAUCUCAGUUAGAGCCCCACCUCGGUACUGUUAACUGGACUGCUUCGGAAACAGUAUGUAAGUGGAAGUGAGACGACUGUCGCGCGUGUUAUGCACAUACUGACUUCGGGGCUAAGCAUCUCUGCAUGGCAAUAAGCAGCCACCAUGUAACCAUUCUGCGUCUGUGUGCUCCAAGUGCCAUUACCAUCAUGAAUACACAAACCGUUAAGAAGGACACAUCUGUCUAACUCGUGGGAGUUUUUUUACUUGAAGUCUUUUUGUUGAGGAAGAGAAGGCUGAACUUUGCUCAAGUCUAGGUAUAUUUAUGUGAAUCGCUGUUCUGUCAACAUCCUCAUAAUUAAGCUAACGGGUAUUUGGGUGUUUGUUCACCUAGUCAGUAAACUUCAAGAAUGGUACCGUUGAAUAGGUCUGAAUAUUUUAACCACUAUUAGAUAAAUAAAUAAGAGUUAUUGUAAAUACAUACAUUACAUAUCAGUUCAGUAUGGGACAUUUCUUUUAUACUGUACAUGUAAUACAAAGGUUGUGGCUUGUGUACUAAAUGGGAAAUUGCCCUACUGCAAUAACAAAGACAACUUUGCAGUUCUUUUGGUUCCUACUUCUAUAAAGGAUAAGUGUUUUGGGAAUAUUUAUCAGUGUAAUUAUCUCUCUCUCUCUAAUAAUAGCGCGGUUUUGGGCGAGUGUGCUGCAAGAAUGUUCAGUUGUUUAAAUAACAGCAUAGGCACAUUAAUAAAACGCAGUGUGGUGAUUAAAAACUGGUGAAAUAUCAGAACGUGUGGGUGAGGAAAAGCACCUCAUACAGUAUAUUCAACUAAACGAAUAUAUGACUUCUGAUAUUGUUUUUAGCAGAGUUAUUGCUUUGUGUUUUUUUUAAUGCCCCAUGAUGUUUGAUAUAUGUCAAGGACUUCAUGGAUCUCCUGCAUACUAGUUGUGAGGUCAGGGAGUGCUGUUUAUAAAUCACAAACUCCAACUUUAAUUGCAGUCGACUUCAAGAGCAGAAAAUACAGUAAAUUAUUACAGUGAUUGCAGGUGAUGUUUUCUUGGAACGAGAUGUUAAAAGUGUUAAGAUGUAAAAGUGCUUUGAUAGGUUCAUUUUAGAAUAGUAUGAAUUAAAAUGAGAGCUGUCACGAUCAUAUUGCACCAUCUAGUGGACAGGUUUGCAGUUGCUUGAUGUACAGUAGCUAGUCAGGACAUGUUACUGCUACAAUACACGUUUAAAUUGUUUUGUUGAACCCAAAGGAUGUACGAGGAAGCUGCAACGUGUACAAAGUUACACAAUUCUUUACUAGGGCUUAUUUUCUUCUGUAGUUUUACCAUCUUCAGAAAAAACACGACUUUCAUGCACCAAUAUUUAAAAGACCUUGAGGAGCAAGGUACAUAAACAAAGGAAGGCGAUGGUUUUGCGAGGUGUGUGCCAAACCCACAUACACCCUUAACAACACUUGCAAACAAUCAGUAUCGAGUAAAAUGGGAAAAUCUUAGCACUUAAUUUCCCAUGUAAGGGAAGGUAUGUUUAAAAUGCUGUUUAAUACUCCAGUGAUUGAGGAGUACUACAUCCCUUAAUGUGCUGACGUAGGAGUGAUGUUCCACCUCUUCUUUUACUAAUUAGCGGUGUUUACUGAAUGUGCCUUGCUUAAGGACAUGGCACAAGAUGUUGCAGGAACUUUUUUUUUAACUAAGGUUUUUAAUUGAGGUCAAAAUGUUUCUAUUCACUCUGGCAUGAAACAGCUGCACAAGUUUCAAAGGUGCAACUAAGUGUGUGUUGAGAUAGAAGCAUGUUUGUAUUGAUGGAUUUUUUUUUAAUUUGAACAUGCAAUAUGUGGUUUCAUUUCUGUAAUUAAAGGUCAUUUACAAAAUUCUA